UUGUUUCAGGGAACAUCGAUUAUGCCCCAAAUGGGUGUUGCAAUUCAUUUCAAUGAGGAAUAUUUUGAAAAUGCCGAAGAAUUUGAUGUGAACAGAUUUUUAACCGAGGAUGGAAAACUCAAAGUUUACGCACAUUUCAAUCCGUUUGGUUUCGGGAAAAGAUCGUGCUUGGGCGAGGGCUUAGCAAGAAUGGAAUUGUUCAUUAUUCUUGUUUCACUUAUACAAAAUUUCAAAUUCUUACCAGCUUAUGGUUACCCUGAUAAACAUUUGGUAAUGUGGUGA